UCGCAAAGAAUGGAGCUUCCCCAACUGGAACAUGUGAGGCGCCGCAGGUGUGACAGUGCAGCAUCUGUGCCACAGUUCUGUAACUCUCCAACAGUGAUUGUGAUGGUGGGAUUGCCUGCCAGAGGGAAGACGUACAUAUCCAAAAAACUCACCCGCUAUUUGAAUUGGAUUGGUGUCCCUACAAAAGUGUUUAAUCUAGGUCAGUAUCGCAGGGAGGCAGUCAAGACUUAUAAGAACUUUGAAUUCUUUAAAUCUGACAAUGAGGAGGCCAUGAAGAUUCGCAAGGCAUGCGCUUCUGCUGCUCUCAAAGAUGUUGCUGCCUACUUCACAAAGGAACACGGACAAGUAGCUGUUUUUGAUGCUACCAACACCACGAGAGAGAGGAGGUCUGCCAUUAAUAGUUUUGCCAAGGAGAGGGGUUACAAGGUGUUCUUUGUAGAAUCUGUCUGUGAUGACCCAGAAAUAAUUUCAGAAAAUAUCAAGCAAGUCAAAUUUGGGAGUCCAGAUUAUAUUGAUCGUGAUAUAGACGAAGCCAUGGAGGAUUUCAUCCAGCGGAUUGAAUGUUAUAAAACAAAUUAUAUGCCAAUAGACGAUGAGAAAGACAGGAAACUCUCCUACAUAAAGAUCUACGAUGUGGGUAGUAGAUAUUUGGUGAACCGGGUUCAAGACCACAUUCAGAGCAGGAUUGUCUACUACCUCAUGAAUAUCCAUGUCACACCAAGAUCUAUCUAUCUUAGCCGCCACGGAGAGAGUGAACUCAACCUGUUAGGUCGGAUAGGGGGGGAUUCGGGCUUAUCCCCGCGAGGACAAAAGUAUGCCAAUGCACUGGCAUCCUUCAUCAGGGGACAAAAGAGCAAGGACCUGAAAGUGUGGACGAGCCACAUGAAGAGGACCAUUCAGACCGCAGAGACUCUGGGUGUCCAGUAUGAGCAGUGGAAGGCUCUCAACGAGAUAGAUGCCGGAGUAUGUGAGGAGCUAACGUAUGAGGAGAUUCAAUCAAAUCAUCCUGAAGAGUUUGCACUUCGGGACCAGGACAAGUACCGUUAUCGUUACCCCAAGGGGGAGUCCUAUGAAGAUCUUGUCCAUCGUCUGGAGCCAGUCAUCAUGGAGCUAGAGAGGCAGGAAAAUGUCCUAGUUAUCUGUCACCAAGCUGUGAUGCGCUGCCUGCUCGCCUACUUUCUAGACAAACCUGCAGAUGAGCUGCCCUAUCUAAGAUGUCCACUUCACACAGUGCUCAAACUCACACCAAUAGCAUACGGGUGUAAAGUUGAGUCAUUUUUCCUGAACAUUGAAGCUGUCAACACACACAGAGAGAGGCCGAUCAAUGUCAACACCACCAGAAAUCCUGAGGAAGCUCUGCAGACAGUUCCUGACCAUGUAUAAACACUUUUUUUGAGAAAUGGUCAAUAGUCAUGAGGUGUUACAUCUCAUAGACAACACUGAAUAUUAGAGAUCCAGGUUAAGCUAUUGCUGUGUUGAGUGGAGUUGGUAAAUGGGACACAAUCUUCCAGAAGCAUGUGGAUUAACGUGAACUUAACCUGUCGUUAGUUGUAAAACCUUUGUCUGUGAAAAGUGUCUUAUUCUUUUUUGGCUGUAUGUGGUCUUAAAGCACGAUAAUGUUUACCGGUGGUUUAUUUUAAAAAGUGUUUUAAAAGUAAAUCGAUGAGGCUGUAGUUGUAACAAUGAGGAACAACUUUUGUUAAGAUUACAAAAUGUGAUGAUAUAAAUGUAUUUAAAAAUGUAGGGCUCAGCACCACGGAGAGCACCCAAACUAAUGAAACACAAGUGUAAAUUUGGUUAUCUGACUUUUGUUAAAUAUUAAAAUCAAUCUGACCUUGAAUGGGAAAAAUCAUUGAAUGAAGUCAAAACUAUACACACCAAAUAGAAAACUAGUUCACAUUGCAAAAGAGAGAUUACCCUUUUUUUUUUUUUACAUUUGUGUUUUUUUAGGUUUAUGCAAAGCAAGGAAAGUUAAAUCAAGCUAAAUUUCUCCUAUGUCAGUAAAUAGAUCUUUCUGAAAUUAUCUGAAGGGAUACACAAACUCACAUCAGGGAGUAAUUUAGGAAAAGACUCCAACUUUAUUUUCUUUUUUUUCUUUUUUCAUUGGAAGCGUUCCAACAGAUCAGCGAGAGGAGUUUAAAAAAAAGGUGAAAAAAACAGUGGAGCCGGGUUUAAUAACCCCUCAUUUCUCCUGGAACACGGAACAUAGUGGCAGUCCGCGAAGUUUCCACUAUGAGUGAAAACAAGCUGGCUGCUUUAUUUUUGCAACGGAGUGGGACUCGUACAACUCUGAUUUCCAUGCGACAUUGAACCCCUCAAUUUUUCUUUUUCUUAAGGUUUUCAUCUUUAUAAAAACCACUCUGGCUGGACAUGCAACCGUUGUCGACACGUUUUUUUUCAUGGAUAUUAUUAGUGGAGCUGUUUACACUGCAGUGGUAAGGGAGUAGGAAUGACUGUCUCUUGUAAACAGAAUCUUGUGUAAAAUGUGAGGCGUGAGUCCGAGUUGCGUCAGUUAACGUGAGACCGCGGGACAUUUCACCCUAUUUCACACUAAAUGAGUAUGAACAUGAAGUUUUUUAAAGUCCAGUUCAUGCUACUUUGCUUCACUCUGUAUGUCCGAGAGGGAUUUUUUGGGGAAUAUAAGGCACAAGUUGGCAAGGACAUUCUCUUAAAGAGGAUAAAACGUCAGAGCAAAUCAACAAAACCAGUGCUGAAGGUGACAGAAUACCACGUGAAGUGUUCAGUGGUAUCCCACUAUGCUGUUACGACAGUCAAAAGCUCAGUGUGGAAUCAGCUACCCAUAAUAAAGGAGGCAGCUUUCGAAGUGGACCUGCCCUCCUCUGCUUUCAUCUCCAACUUCACCAUCACCUCUAAUGGUAAGGUGUAUGUGGCCCGGGUGAAGGAAAGAACUGCAGCCAGAAGAAUUUAUGAUGCUGCUAAGAAGCAAGGAAAAACAGCUGGACUUGUUGCUACCAAGGAAAGGGAAAUUGAGAAAUUUCGGGUGGCAGUGAGUGUGCCAUCAGGAACUCAUAUGUCCUUCCACCUCUCCUAUGAAGAGUUGUUACCUCGUCGACUCGGACGAUAUGAGCUCAGUUUGGGUUUGAGGCCUGGACAGCUUGUGCAGAACCUAACCUUAGAUGUCAGUAUAACAGAGAGAACGGGCAUUGCUUUCAUUAAGGUCCUUCCUCUGAAGACGAGCCGACUGCUCUCAAACACUGCUCAAGGUGAUUCAAGUCCUCCUGCCUCCACUCAUGUCAAGCAGAGAGAAGGUUGCGCAAGAGUUCAAUACAGUCCAACUGUAGAGGAGCAAAACAACAUCUCCACCAAGGGUCUUAAUGCUGAUUUCAUUAUUCAUUAUGAUGUGGACCUCAAAGAUCCCAUAGGUGAUAUCCAGGUGUAUGAUGGUUACUUUGUACAUUACUUUGCGCCCAGAAAGCUUCCAGUAGUUCCUAAGGAUGUUAUAUUCGUCAUUGAUAUCAGUGGCUCAAUGACAGGCACCAAGAUAAAGCAGACCAAGCAAGCCAUGAACACUAUCCUUGGAGACCUGAGGGAAGGAGACCACUUCAACAUCAUCACUUUUUCUGAUAAGGUUAACAUUUGGAAAAAAGGACGAACAGUGCGAGCAACGCGACAGAAUGUACGAGAAGCCAAAGAGUUCGUGAGGAGUAUUCUUGCAGAAGGAUGGACUAAUAUCAAUGCAGCUCUGCUAUCAGCUGCCCAGCUGGUCAACCCCUCAUCAUCUGGACACUCUAGCCACCUUACAUCUCAUCGUGUCCCUCUCAUAAUUUUCCUCACUGAUGGAGAAGCAACCAUUGGAGUUACAUCUAGUGAUAGCAUCCUUAAUAAUGCCAAGAGGGCACUGGGCUCGGCCACUCUGUUUGGCAUUGCUUUUGGCGAUGAUGCAGACUUCCUUCUUCUAAAACGCCUUGCUCUGGAGAACCGAGGUGUUGCCAGGAUGGUUUAUGAAGAUGCUGAUGCUGCGUUGCAGCUUAAGGGCUUCUAUGACGAAGUGGCAAGCCCUUUGCUGUCAGAUAUCCAACUGUCUUACUUGGAUGACCAGGUGUUUGAAGUGUCCCGCUCUCUGUUCCCAAAUUACUUCCAGGGGUCUGAAUUGGUCGUGGCGGGGAGGGUUAAACCAGGGGUCAAAGAAUUACAGGUCACAGUUUCAGCCACAGAUUUAAAGCAGCCUAUAAAGGUGGAAAAUGAUGUGCUUCUUUCUCAAGGAAAAGGAAAUGGAAGAACUGGCUCACCAGACUGCUUGGAGAGUGUGGAAGGGAUUCCCAGUUUUGUGCAUCGUCUCUGGGCAUACUUCACUAUCAAGGAGCUAUUACUGGCGAAACUUAAUACUAGUGACCCUGCAACUCAAAGGUUACUAACAGACAAAGCCACUAACCUCUCCCUUAAAUAUAAUUUUGUAACACCAGUCACCUCUUUAGUAGUUGUUAAGCCAGAUGCGGAUGAAGCAACUCAAAUUCCAACCAUUGCAAAACCAACAACUACUGCCACUACGACCACAGUAGCAACAUCUAAGGCCAAUGACAAAAUAUCAUCUCUUGGCAUUGCAAAGGAGCCCAGCUCACCAUCUAACAAGUCAGUACCAGACCCACCUCAGCCUCCUUCAAAUACAGUUAAGUCUAAAAAAAAAAAGCUACCAUCUCCACGGACAGAAACAGCAACAUUACAGCAAAAGAAAACAACAACAGCAACAACAACAACAAAGCCUAGUCCCAUUAAAAGUUUCCCAACACGACACUCUAGAAAAAAGGCUAGUGUCGACCGAAACGAUUCUAAAACCGGUUCUCCUCCUCCAGCUGGAAAGAUAUCCACUUCCCUUCUAAAUACCCUAAAACCAGCACUGCCUCCUUCACCUGGAAAGGUUUCCACCCCAAGGCACAUUGCUACUACUUUGCAGCCAGUCAAUUCAUCCAGAGUUGAUCUUACACCUGGGAGAACCACAACCAAAGAGCCUAAUCCUUUGCAAACAACUCUCCCCCCUGUCAAGAUGACAGGGAUAUCGUCAUAUAUAGAGAGCAGCACCACGUCUGUUUCAGACCUUCAUCAUCGUCCUGAAACCACUUCAUCCCCACUUAAACUAUUAUCUACACUCACUUCUCCCACACCGGCUCCGGCUCCAGCUUUGGAAGAAAGCAACAUAAACUCAAAUGCCGACACAAAUAUUAGCAUCGCUACCCUGGUGUCAGCUACUUUUGUUCCAAUGCCUGGUGUAACAGAUGGUCCGGGACUGUGGGAAGCAGCUCAGCUACUAGAUGUCUCCACCUUAAUCCAGAUUCAACAAAAAGAUUUUGACCAUUUGAAAGACUAUGAUGCAACUUACGGAUAUGACUAUGAUAACAGCUAUGAUUCUUGGGAUGAAUUAGCAGAAACUGAGGCACUUGUGUUUGGGAGUGAAGAGGACUGUCCCUUAGUUGAAUGUCUUGUGCUUUUAGACCGUCCAACCGGAAUGAAGAGUGUCAGAGUGUUUGCCUCAUCAGUGGAUGGAGAUCCUCAUUUUGUUGUCCAACUUCCAAAGCUGUCACAGAACCUGUGUUUUACAGUAGAUGGCAGAGCAAAUGAUGUUCUCAGACUUUUGGAGGACCCAGAACGAGGGGUCAUUGUGGAUGGUCACUUAAUGGGAGCUCCUUCCAAGCAAGGAGUAAAAGGCCGCUCUCGGACUUACUUUGACCAGCUUACUAUCUCCGUAGCCACAGGCAACUCGGGUGACUUCAUGAUCACACUGUCACUUGAUUCUGUGAUAGUGGAAGGAGAAGGUCGGGAUACCCUACCUGUAAAUCAGCAGGGAUCAGUGACAAGGCAGGGUGUGACUGUCACUGUAGAUAACCAUCAGAACUGCUGGAUUCAACUGGCCAAGGAUCUGCAGUUUCUUGUCCUAUUCCACUACUACAAAGACCCCAGCUACCUGCAGUUGGCUCACCUGGGCUUUUAUAUCGCAGAUGGACGGGGAUUGUCAGACUCAACCCAAGGCCUUCUGGGCCAGUUUCAGCACGCUGACAUUCGUGUAAUGUUGAAAAAUGAUCAUCUCGACGGAGGUGCUCACCCAGCUAACGCGGAGGAAAACGUAGCAAGGGGUACGAUGAUGUGGGGAACGGAGCAGAUACCAGUAACCUUACAGGACAAGAUGCUGAAAGACACUUUGCAAAAGCGCCACCAAGGGAAAUGCUGGGUGGUGCCAAAGGCAGAGGUUGAGAGACUCCUGGGUCAUUCCUAUGAAAGCUACGUGGUGAAUCAUGUGGACCUUUAG